GUCUGGACAUGAGAGAUAUCAGAAAGAGGGGAGAGGCAUGAAAACAGAGACCAACAGUGUUUGAGUUAGAUCAGUUUAUAGCUGUGAAAGUGCAUUUGUGGGUGACAGAAUGGCCAUGUCAGAACAGCUUGAAACUGAGGGAGGCUGUUCCUCCAAGUCAUUCAAGCUGUACUCCCCCAAGGAGCCCCCCAACGGUAGCACUUUUCCCCCCUUCCACCCCGGCACCAUGCUGGACAGAGACGUGGGUCCCACCCCGAUGUAUCCUCCAACAUACCUGGAGCCCGGAAUAGGGCGGCACACACCAUAUGGCAACCAGACAGACUACAGAAUAUUUGAGCUCAACAAACGGCUACAGAAUUGGACAGAGGAGUGCGAUAACCUGUGGUGGGAUGCGUUCACUACAGAGUUCUUUGAAGACGACGCCAUGUUGACGAUUACUUUCUGUCUGGAGGAUGGACCCAAACGUUACACGAUUGGCCGGACGUUGAUCCCGAGGUACUUUCGGAGUAUAUUCGAGGGCGGUGCCACUGAGCUCUACUACGUGCUGAAACAUCCCAAGGAGUCCUUCCACAAUAACUUUGUCUCCCUUGACUGUGAUCAGUGCACCAUGGUCACCCAGAAUGGAAAGCCCAUGUUUACACAGGUGUGUGUAGAAGGUCGCUUGUACCUGGAGUUCAUGUUUGACGACAUGAUGAGGAUAAAGACGUGGCACUUCAGCAUCAGACAACACCGUGAACUCAUCCCCCGCAGUAUACUGGCCAUGCAUGCCCAGGACCCACAGAUGCUGGACCAGCUGUCCAAAAACAUAACAAGAUGUGGCCUGUCGAACUCCACCCUCAACUACCUCCGACUGUGUGUGAUUCUGGAGCCCAUGCAGGAGCUGAUGUCAAGACACAAGACGUACAGCCUCAGCCCCAGAGACUGCCUCAAGACCUGUCUCUUCCAGAAAUGGCAGAGGAUGGUGGCCCCACCAGCUGAGCCAUCAAGACAGGCGCCGAACAAACGGCGGAAGCGUAAGAUGUCAGGUGGAAGCACCAUCAGCGGAGGAGGAACUAAUAAUAACAACAACAACAAAAAGAAAAGCCCUGGCAGUGGCUUCCCUCUCUCCAGCCAAGUUCCAGAUGUGAUGGUGGUGGGAGAGCCCACGCUGAUGGGAGGCGAGUUUGGCGACGAGGACGAGCGCCUGAUCACGCGGCUGGAGAACACGCAGUUCGACGCGGCCAACGGCAUCGACGACGAGGACAGCUUCAACAACUCCCCGGCGCUGGGCUCCAACUCGCCCUGGAACAACAAGGCCCCCUCCAGCCAGGAGAGCAAGAGCGACAACCCCACCUCACAGGCAUCGCAGUAGAGCCCCACCUCAUCGACACAAACCCCCGCUCUGCCACUCCUCAGACCCCCCCAUCCCUAACCCGACAGCCACGAGUGCAACAGCAACAAGCCAGACAUCAUCGUAGAGCUCAGAGUCAUGGCACACACGGGCCCGAGGGGGCUUAGCAUGUCUCAGGCAACAUCACUGAGCCAAUGCUGUGAUUCCCCCGUAUUUAACCACCGUGUCUCCCCUCUUUCUCCCCUUUCCUCAUCGAGAAUGUCCCAUCAGAGCUCGGGUAGAUGUGACCGAGGAGGCGCAAGGGAUCCGGGGGAGAACUGUGCACACUAAACCAUCCAUACUCACAUGCAGGGCCCGGGUGGGGGAGGGUGGUGUCAGCGGGGCUCCAACAUGGUGGCGAGUUGCUUAGGGACCACUUGUCCACCCGUCAUCCGAACAUGCCUCUCAAUUCUGGUCUGCUCCGUGGACGCACAAGUCACUGGUAAUGUUUGUUAAUAGAGUAUGUGUGCGUGUGUGUGCGAGUGUGAAGUGUGUGAGGAGCGAGUAAGGGGCUUACUUGUGGCUUUGAGGAAACAGACAGACCAGAAUUCAGAGUCUGUCAAUAAAACCAUUGAAAUCCACACACUAGUAGGACAGCUGAAAUGUGGCACUAGGGAAACAUCACACACACACACACACACACACACACACACACACACACACACACACACACACACACACACACACACACACACACACACACACACACACACACACACACACACACACACAUAAUUGAAGGAGUCCCCUAGUGCCAGAGCCAUCUCUGAUUGACUACCAUGGAUGCAGUCUUUCGAACAGAGAGCAUUAACCACACACACACACACACACACACACACACACAGUUACACAUUUUAAGAGUUUUUAUACAGUAUAUAUUUCCCUAGAAUGUUUUUUAAUUUGUAUUAAACGCCUUCAUUUCAAUUGUUACUUUUUUAUUUUCUACCAAUACUGAAAAGCUACAGACCAAGGAGCAACACAGGACUUUUAUCCCUCCCCCCUCUAAAAUAUAUUGUUUUUAUCUUUUAUGUUUAUAAAAGAUAAAUAAUUUAGUGUGGAUGUUUUUAUUUUGUCUUUUUCGUUCCUUUUUUUUUGGAGAUUAAAUUUUUGUGUAUUUGUGCUUGUAUAUUUAAGGUAGUAGCAAAGUUCUGUCUGACUGUAAUAAAAUGUAUUCUUACUUAGAUUUACCUAAAGCCAUCCCGAUCUAAUGUAAAGAAACAAAAAUAGGAAAAAGGAGAAAAAACACUCAUGAACCCGUCCCCUCUAUCUUCCCACAUGCUCUUUUCCUCCUCCCUCUUUUUUAAGAACUUGUGUAAAUUAAAUUACAAAACCUCCGGGGGGUACAACGGCACCAUAGCGUGAUGAUUUUACUGUGUUUCUUUUUUAAUUUAUUUUUGGAUAUUCACACAUGUAUUUCAUCUAUACAGGAAGUGAUUUUACACUUAGCAUUCAUCACAAUUUUGUCUACUGCAACUUUCAACUUGAUGUCAAGUGAAUGUGCUCACUGAAUUGAAGUUACCGGUGACUUUCAUCUUUCCUCACUGGCUAAACAGAUUUUCUUUAUAUUAGUUUCUGUCUCAAUUGCCUUCAUUUGUGCAUUGUCUUUCACAACCACCCGAGUGAUACCAUCGAUCACACAGACAUCUUCUAAAGCCAGCUUAACAUUAAGUUCAGUCGUCAUAUUGGGUAGCAAUGCGGAGUUUAUAAAGUCUGAUUUAAAAACAGCUGAAGCUCUGUUGGUUUUGUACAUUUCCAUUUCCUUACAGUUGAUUCCAGCCACAGUUACGACUGAGUUUGAAUGGUGACUUGUACCUUUUCCAAUCCCUGUAGAAAAAAAAUCAUUGUUUGAUAUAUAUUUUUUGAUUUGGUUAGUUUCUGCCCUUGAUAAUUAAUGUAUGGUACCAAUAAAAAGAUACAUUUUCACUUUAAA